AUGUUUGCGGAUUAUCGAGUACCGCAAGCUUUAGCAUAUUUGGGAGUUUUGGAAUAUUCAGAAAAACUUCUCAGUAUUCUCUCAACCAACCAUCGCCUUGAUAAUGGCAGUCCUGAAGAAGUAGAAUUAAGAGGAGCUUCGAUCUGGGGAUGUGAGCAAAUUGUCUUGGCAAUAGAAAAACUGCGAGCUGCAGAAGGUGAUGUGGUGCGACCUGUCUAUGCCAUGGAUGUCGAUGUUUUCGUUUGGCUAUAUCGUCGUAAGCAUGCAGCGGAGAUUGAGAGGAAGGUGAGCACCUACUUCAUCUUGGUUAUACUUUUUUAUUAUCUGUAUGUUUGAAC